GGAGACAAAAUGAGUAAUCUUACUUCUUUGUCAACAUUUCUGCUGCUGGGAUUCUCAGAGGCCCGAGAAUCACAGCUCUUACAUUUCUUUGUGUUCCUAGCAAUAUACUUGAUGGCAAUGACAGGAAAUAUUCUCAUAGUGAUCGCAAUUGUCCUUGAUCAGAAACUGCACACCCCCAUGUACUUCUUCCUAAUUAAUUUGGCCAUGCUGGAUGUUGGCUCAGUUUCGGUCAUGGUACCGAAGUCUAUGGCUAUUUCACUCACGAAUAACAGGUCUAUUUCUUAUUUUGGAUGUGUUGCUCAAGUUUUUUUUAAUCUCUUCUUUCUAACAUCAGAUUUUACCCUCCUGACUGUAAUGGCACAUGAUCGCUAUGUUGCUAUCUGCAACCCACUCCAAUAUGAAAGAAUUAUGCAUAAAGGAGCCUGCCUUCAGAUGGUAGCCAUUGUGUGGACUACUGGUCUGCUUUAUGCCAUAGUACACACUAGUAGCACCUUUGCAAACACCUUCUGUUCCAAUACUGUUAAUCAGUUCUUCUGUGAACUCCCAAAAUUAUUAAAGCUUUCCUGUUCUGACUUUUACUUAGUUGAAGCUGGACUUAUUGUGGUAGGGGGUUCGUUAGGAUUAGGAUGCCUCAUUUACAUUGUCAUAACAUACAUGCAGAUUUUUGCUAUAGUGCUCAGAAUCCCCUCUGUUCAUGGUAAGAAAAAAGCCCUCUCCACUUGCCUUCCCCACCUCACUGUUGUCUCUUUGCUUAUGUUCAGUGCAAUUGUUGCCUAUGCAAGUUCUUCCACUAAUUAUUCUUCUGGUCUGGACAUUGCUUUUGCUGUGAUAUAUACCAUCAUUCCUCCCACAUUGAAUCCAUUCAUCUAUAGCAUGAGAAACAAAGACAUCAAGAUUGCUUUGUGGAAGCUCUUAGAUGUUGGGCCUUCCUCUAAAACUAUAUUCAGAUUGCUGUAA